AUGAUUUCCUGGAGGUUCUUGAGCGGCUUGAGCAUCCCUGCGCUCGCCACCGCGAGCUCAGCCGCAGCUCCCUGUCGCUUGGCCUUUCUGCAGCUCCGCUCCCGAGACCUGGCGGUGGAUCUGACGCCGUCCUUCGACCCGGAGGUCUUCAACUAUGCCGCCACCUUGGAGUUCGCCAUGGAGGAGUUCUCCAUCGACGCCAAGGUUCCGGAAGGCUGUGAGCUCAGUGGCUUACCCAACCGACCCUUCCUAGCUCCAGCGCCCAACCGCGAAGGGGAGGAAAACGCCAAAGAGACCAACUUGUGCGUGCGCGACCCGCCGAGCGGCAAGGAGCAAUGGUAUCGCAUCUCCGUCACGAAGCUGGCCGGCAGCGAGACGGAGGUGUUGGGUUUGCAGCUACGAGGUGGAGAGCUGCAUCCAAGCUUCGAGCCCGCUGUCCGGAGCUACACGGCCCACAUGGAUGUGGCCUAUGAGUUCAUCCAGGUCUCCUACGUGGUGUUGGACAACGGGCAGAGGCUCCGCUGGAAGGCCACACCAGAAGUGCCUGAAGCCACGGUUGGCGGCCAUGAUCGAGAUGGUCCGAAUGAAGAUGAUGGAGGCAACACCACUGAGGAGCGUCGGCUGACGGGGGAGAAACAACACUUCCUGCGGCACGAGGUCUUUCCCAUUGAUGUGGGCUACACCCGGAAGGUCACACUAUCCAUCCAAUCGGCCGACCCCAUGCAGGCGGCUCGUGGGGUCUACUUCCUCGAAGUGACGCGUGGCCAUUGCCCUCCACGACAGCCCUUCUUCGAGCCCAGGACGCGCGCCUGUACUUUGGAGUGCCCACAGGGCACCUAUCCCAACCACGCGCAAGGCCGAUGCUCUUACUGCAACAGGAACUGCGCCGUGUGCCAGACGUUGGCGAUCUGCGAGUUAUGCUUACAGGAUACCAUCCAGCAUAGCUUCAUCAUCAACAAGGGAGACGGAAGCUGCAAAAUGGUGGAGAAGAACUUCUUCGUGCAGUACUACUGGUGGUGCGUCUCUGGAAGUAUUUGCGGAGCGCUUCUUCUUUGCAUGAUGAUCAUCUCCCUUUGGAUCGAAGAUGUUCACCGGACACCGGAGAAGUCGUGCGAGCCGGUCGUGGACGGCAGACGAGAAGGUGCAGGUGCUGGGUCGACCAAGGCCUCCUCCCAAGGACACACCAUCUUUGGUGAAGACUGCAACCUUCAAGUCAGCUCAGACCAAAGCUGCCACUUCUUUGGCAUUGCCUGUUCAUUGCUGAUGAGCAUUACACUGCUGGUGUCAAGCGCCGGAUCGGCCACCCAGGCCAGCGCACCACGGCCGGCAGACUCCCCGAUCCUGCGGCCCGUGCGCGGCGCUCACUCAGUGCUGCUGUUUGAGCCCGUCAAUGCCUUUGUGACUACUGCUGCUCCCGGCGCAGGGUGCGCCACUUUGACUCGGAUCUGGAUUGACGGCAAAGCUCCGCCCGGGCCGCCCGGGCUGCGCGCCUGGUCGAAAGAUCCCUGGUAUUGGCCCGACUGGGAUGACGCCAGGCCCGAGCGGCCCAAGAGCGCGCCCAGGAGGAUUCGUGGAACGCCAGGAGGAUAUCCGAACACCGGCCCUGUGAUGGAGUCGGAGCGACAGGAGCUGCCCGCGCAAGCCCGCCUGCCUAUCGGGCCGAUCGACUCGAUGCACGACAGGCCAACCUCUCAGAUGGCCGAUUGCGUCCAAGGUGUGCUCUCGCGGAUUAACGAGGCCUUGACGAAGCUCGACCGCUCCUCACAGGACUUGCCCACGGUCACCGAUGGAGGAGUGCUGAAGAUGGGCAACCUUCGGAACCAAAACGAGGAGGGCUUUGCAGAGCCCUUGAUGUCACACCGAGGCCGCUGUGAGGCCAAAUCGCCCGCCUUGGUCACACCUCGUGCCUUUGUCUCUGCUGCGAAGCCACAAGAUCCAUCUCGACGGGUGGCCGACAGUUGGGCAUAG